UUCUACAUCAAUCGAUCCAUCGAUAAUAACGGUUUUCAUCGCUAAAAGUAUUCGAUUGCAUCCUUGUUUCGAUCCUGUUGCUCAUCCUAAGGACUCAUACUGCAGAAUUGUUACAUCAUGUUUUCGGCUACUGUCAACGGCGCUGAAAAUCCGUCGCCUGCCGUAACGGCAACCCGUGGCCGACGACGUCAACGACCCGUGAGCUCAGAUAACUCGGUGCAGCAACCUAAAGCGAAGCGACCGAGAAUACCAUUGAACGAUCAAACCUUCGCGAAUCCCAUUGCUACUCCUGAGACGUACGAAGUCAAGUCCGCGAAGCCUUCGAUAGUCGAAUUGAAGCAAGAUGGAAUUGAGGAAUCGCCUGCACCGAAGCAGGAACUCAGUUUUCGAUCGAAGAAAGUUCGGCCAGGCGAGCGUCUUAGCAAGGGGGAUGGUAGUACGCUUUUAUCAACUAAUAUCGCGUUUGAUGUCCGAAAACUCCCGGCUCUACCUGAUCGAUUAAAGUUGGACACUGGUAGUCGUCAGCAUGGUUCCGUCGACAGCUCCACAGGAUAUGCCCUAAGCAUUUCCCAUACUCAUGCCAUCGUAUGGCCAUAUGCGACACCCGCUCAGUCUCCUGAAUCCUUUACCUUUGCGUUACCGUAUCCCUCGAAGUCCUCGAGCGAUCUUUUACCCCUGGGCGAGCUCGUCCCUCCGUCUGCUUCCUCUUCCGAGCCGGGUUUAGUAGUAGUAAUGCCUACUAAUGGUAAGGUGACCUACUGGGAAUCGAUAUCAAGCGCGACGACACUGGAUUUCAUGCGCCAACAGCAAAAUGGCGUUGAAGGUUCUAUCACAGGAAUGUUUUCUGGAGAGGCUGUCAUUCAGAUCACCCAUGCCGAAUCCGCGGCUGGUUUCAUCCUCGCAUUUAGUAGUGGACGCCUGGCAUACUUGAGCGUCCGAGACACGCAUGGCCGCCCGAAAAUCUCGACACAGUUCUUGCGCACCAACCUUGGCCCUGCUAACAGCGGGUUCUUUGGAAGUCUCCGACAUGCGCUGUCACAGACUGCUUCUCAGGGAGAUAUCGCUGCCGUCCGUUCAGAAAAGUCAUCCAAGCAAGGCGAGUGUACUGUCGUCGCUGUUACGUCGAAAGGUCGCCUGCAUUCUUGGAGGGUGCACCGGGGAGGCCACCAUGACCUUCUGGUCGAGGUAGAUGCUCGCAAUACCAUCCUCGGAGCUCUCCAGCAGAUGGACAGCGUAAGCGCCAAGUUACCUGCGGAGUCGCUAAAGAUACUUGACUUCUGCUUCGUACCCAGGGGCCUAGAGCAAAAAUAUAGAGAGAUGAGUCAGCUUCGUGAACCCUCUGAGUCUGAGGACCAGCAACACUUGGUACUCCUUGUUUCGUUGUCUAACAAGCAAGGAUGGCGUUAUACGCUGAUUGAAGUCGUAUUGUAUUCUGGGCUUUCAUCAGAAAACCCCAUUGACGUUGGCAUGGUUCGACCGAUAUCUACUUACUCUACUGCACCAGAUUCCCAGGCUCUUGCUAAACCUCGACUCUAUCUCCCUCGGCCAAAUAUCAUUGCUUUUCUUGUCUUCGACCACGCUGCCGUGAUAGCCUCAAUUGCCCAGCCCCCCGACUCCCCCGAUUCACAAAUACUCGAGGACAACCAUAUCAUACCUGCAUCUUUCGAGGAUGUCGUCGAUCUGCGUACGGACCCCACACUCGAAAUUGUCGGCUCUGGAACCGAAGAGCCCAGGACCCAAGGUUUCAGUUCUGGUGAAGGGAGAGCGCCUCGUAUCAGGCCUAAAAAUCCCGCCGCUAUACUCUUGGUUCGAGGUGCAGGUGCUCUCCGUAUUGCAUUAACAGAUGUUGAACGAUUUGCAAGUGAGAAGCCUCCGGAGGUUACAGCCAAAGCGAAGCUCGAACAGGCCGUAUUUUUCGGUGUUAGGGAGGAUAACCCCCUCGUAUUCGAUAGACAGCACGGCCUUCGUUUCACCGAUGCGGAAUAUGGUGCUGCUGCUCUGGAGUUGAGCCGAGAAAUUCUCACAUCUGCCGGCAAACACUUUUCAACUCUAGCCGCACGGGUCGAUACUAACAUCAAGGAGCGUGUGCAGUACUUGGAGAAGAUAAUGACACAGAUCGCAAGCCUUAAAGUGAACCUCGAUCGUGUUACCAAAUGGCAGUUACUUUGGAACGCGGAAAAACUACAUGUUGCUAACGUCAUCUGGCACAAGCACGAAGAGUUCACCACUCAGCGAUCUGCAACUUCUAAAAAGAGCAUCGUUGCCGAAAUCGUCGAGUACAUCCGAUCCGAGGAAAAGUCUGAACCGAACGUCGCGAAAGGGGAAGUCGAUGAGCUGCGUCACUGGUUCAUUCGCGAUGUUGAUCGCAUGCAAAUAUUCAUCGCUUGGGCUUACGAAGUUAUAAAACACAAUUCUAAGGCCAACCUAGAUCAGGCAUCUCUAACGCGGUUGAUAUACGAAGCUGCAGAGAUUUACAAUAGCGCAAUACGAGAUGCCUUCACAUUCCGCACGAGGAACCUUCAACUCUAUGGUCUGGCCGGCGAGAAAAUGGACCACGGGAUUUUAGCUAGCGAUUAUGUUGGGCUCCCGACUCCCUGGACUUGCCACCCUUUCAUUGCCAACAAUGUAAAGAGGCAAGUGGAACUGUCUACUGAGUGGGUUAAGCAACACUGGUCAGCAGAUUCCGAAGGGCAAAGCGCCAUGGUUCAGAAGACUCGCGAGCUUUUACCAGAAAUGACUGAAGUCUACUUAACUGUCGUUCAAGAAUUAUCUCGAUCAUACCUCGCCAGCGACGAUCCAAAGAAGGCUGCGGACGGUCAGAAGUACGCGAGCAUCUAUGAGCAAGACCGCCAUGACAAGGUCGUCCUUCUUGCUCAGACUGAAAACUGGGAAGCUGGAAUCAGGAUUGCCGAGAACCAUGAUUCUCUUCCUGCACUCGCGGAGAUUCUCACUCGUGAAAUCGACGGACUUCGACACCAACUUGAGACACCUGGCCUGUCUCCUGAGCGUCUCGAAAGUUUGGAAGCCAAGAUGACUGCGAAAGAAGAGCAAGUGCGUGAGUACUUCAUAACAUAUGGCAAAGACUUUGCCUUCCCAUUCUACGAAUACCUAUUCACUACGUUCGGAGUUGAUGCCCUGCUCGAGUAUGAUGGGGAUAAGAAGUUCAAAACGAUGUAUCUUCGGACCAAACCAGAAUUGGCCAAAGUUUCCUGGAUUAACGACAUUAUCAGCGAAGAGGACAUUGACCAUGCCGCCGACACGCUUCUCGACCUUGGCCUGGCGCGCGAGCAGCAGGUCUGGAACAAGAAGAUCGAGUUAAGUUUAGGCAAGCUAGCUAGGAUGGCCGAAUCAUCCCGGCCGUCUAGCAAAGCAUCUAUGAGCAUACAAGAUGCGAGUGUCAACGGGACAGCUGAGGAUGCUCAGGUGGACGCCAUCGAUAAAGAACUUGCCAUCAUUGGUGUUCAGGACGACCUAUACAACACUCAAAUCCGCCCAGUGAUCAGCUUGGCGCUCGAAGGGGAAGAGUUAAGCGUUGUACAAGAAACAUUCGCGCUCAAGAUACCCAAGAAGUAUAAGAUACUCUCGCAAAUAUUUGACGACGCAUUACGACGGCUCUUGAACCACGAGGCUCUGGACCCACUCACGCUCAUUGACCUGCUUACAUUAAUCACUCUACCACAGGAGACGCGGGAACACAUGCCGGACCAGUUUUUCUCGGCUCUCAGCGUAGCUUAUAACGGCCUCACUGGCGCAGAGCGUGUACAAGCCGAGCGGCUCAUAUGGCGCAGAUGUUUCCUAAGAGAAGACUGGACGCGACUCAACAACACUACACUCAAGAAAGACAAUGAUAUCGUAGAGGUCCUUGGUCAGACAGACCUCUUCCAGUUCUACUGUACACUAUAUGCGAAUCAGCAAAGUGGCGGGGACAAAAACGAUUACCGGCGGCUGUCUCCAUCAGAGGUCGCUGGGGUGUAUACGGAAAAUCUUGACCGUCGAUUUGAGAAAAUGGAGAAAAACUAUCGUGAGAAGGUACUGGAGGCGAUGAGGUGGGAGGAUAACAACCUGCUUAAGCAUAUCGAAAAGCACCGGUUGGAGCAAUGGGCCAAGGAAACGCGGAAAUAUGCCGAGGAAGCCGUCAACCAGCAGUAUGACGAAACUACUGCCGCUGGAGCAGCGUUAAGCCCGCCCAGAUCGGGGUCUGCACGAAGGCAAACCAAGGCGUCCGACAGCAUGAAUGGCAAAAACGGCACACACUAGAAGUAUUCAUCAUUAGGACCGCGAGUCCCGCAAGUCCCGCGAAAAGUUUAAUGCACAGGAGCGUCGGAGUUAUUUGAAAUUUUCAUUUCUUGUACCAUACUGCAUAUGCUCGUUUGUUUAUAUAAUUGCCGUGAGGCACGGGCAAAGGGAAAAGUUGACGAGAAUAAAGGGGGAUCAUCAUCCACGGCUAGGCUUCCUCCACGCAAGAACACGAUACCGAGGCUUUUAUGUAGCGUAUACAGGGUAGCUUCGCUAACUCUCGCUUAA